AAUACGCUUAUCACUGAUAGAUUUUAACUCUAGUUAUUUGUAUUCCAAGUAUGUCUGGCAUUUUGAUUUUCCUUACCAUAUCCCUGGCGAUAUGCUAUGCGCCCAUAUUGGGUGCUGAUCCCAAUGGUUUUGAUGAAAGAUACCCAGAAGAAAAUCCAGGUUUGUUUGAAGGAGACAUUGAACUUGAUGGUGAAAGCCCAUUCGACAGAAAUGCUGUGGGAGAUAGAAGACGGUUAUGGCCCAAUGGAGUUGUCCCAUACGAAAUUUCUUCACAUUUCAGCACUUACGAACAGACCAUAAUCAAAGCAGCCAUGAAAGAAAUAGAAAUGGUAACAACGAGCUGCAUCAGAUUUGUACCUAGAACAUCUAAUCAUCAUUAUUAUGUUAAAAUGAUAACAGGAUCGGGCUGUCACAGUUCUAUUGGAUUCAGAAAUCGUCUACAGACAGUAACCCUCGGUCGCGGAUGUGUACGUAAAGGAAUUGCUAUGCAUGAACUGUUACAUGCCUUGGGUUUUUUUCAUGAGCAGAGCAGACCCGACCGGGACCAUUAUAUCACAGUUGUCGAGAGUAAUAUUCUUAAAGGUAGAGAAAGUAAUUUUAGAAUAUUUUUCCCACCGACUCUUGACACACAAGGAUUUCCAUACGAUUAUAGUUCCCUUAUGCACUAUGGAGCACAUGCAUUUGCACGAGAUAGAAGCAAACCUACAAUUAUUCCCAAAAAGAUAGGAGCUCGAAUUGGCCAACGAAGUCACCUUAGCUCCAUAGACAUUAUGGAAUUAAAGAAGUUAUAUCGUUGUUAGAGAUGGGUAAGUUUGAACUUGGAUU